AAAUAUUUUAUUUUUAACUAAUUCCCUGAAAGCUAAUAAUUUCAUCAAACAUUUUGGUCUUACAUAAAAAAAAAAAAAAAAGAAGAAGAAGAAGGAAGCCCAAAACGGCCAUGGAAGAGAAGGUGAAGAAGAACACUACCAAGAACAAGAAGCAGAAACACAACCAAUCGAAACCCUCUUCGGACAUCUCCUUCAAACCAUCUUCCGACGUGAAGGGUCUCAAAUUCGGCAGCCAAAUCAUCGUCAAAUCAUUUACAGUCCGGCGAGCUCGACACCUCGAGCUUCUCAGUCUCCUCUCUCUCCCUCCUCCGGCAACCAAAAACCCUGAAAUCUCGCCGGAGUUUCUGUCGGUGACGGCGUAUUUCCCGACGAACUUCACGAUCCUCGCUCACCGUGCAUGGCACACGCUAACCCUCGGGAUGGGAACUCGGAAGUCGAAGGUCGUCGUGUUCGUGUUCGAAUCAGAGACGAUGAAGACGGCGGUGGAAUCGAACUGGCCGCCGGAGAUUCCUCUCGGCGACGUGAACAAGAAGAUGAUAAGAGUGCUCAAGGGCUGCGAGUUGGCGAGGUUCAAAUUCCGGAAAGGGUGCAUUACGUUCUACGUGUACGGUGUACGGAACGCCGGAAACAAUGGCUUCGCCGCCGUCGAGGGCUUAAAGGUAAUUUUACAGUCGGUGUCUGCUCUCAAGGACUUUUUGGAUCACACUGCUAUGUUGGCUUUGCCCCACCAAAAGAGCAUUCAUUGCAACUCUCGUUGCCCUGACGUCACCAUGGCUCACUAAAUCAACCCUUUUCUUCUUUCUUUUUUUCCUCUGAUCGAUAUCCAAAUAUUCUUGUUUUGUUAGAACAUUGUAAGAAUUGUAAUUGGGAUUUUUUUUUAACUUUCGUCGAUUUUUUUUUAAUUAGGGGGUUUUGUUGUAUGAAUAUGAUCUAAUGUGUGAAGAGGUUAUGCCCUAAAACUUGAAACUUCA